AGCUUCCUGAUUGUAAGGAGGAGGAGAUUCUUCACCAGCAGCAUCUCUCCACCCAGGAGAGGAAGCUCAGUCGAGAUCAGGAGGACAGGGAGGCACCGCAGAUGAAAGGCGUGCAGGAACAUCUCUGCAAAGCAGCAGGAGGAAGUCAGGUGGUGCUGAAGCAGGAGGAUGACACCUUUAUGGUGACCGUUUCCUUUGAGGAAAGUGACCUUGGUGAACUCGAACCUGCCACUGAACAGCUGCUCUCAGAGAACCACAAUCCUCAGGGAACCAAGUUUGAAGUCUUUGGAUCAACUUCAGCUGCAGAUAUGAGGAGACAGAACAGAAGUAUUUGUCAGAACGUCCACAUGGAGAACAUUUCCCUGCCCGAGACUCGCAGUCGAACUGACAUUGGUGAGAUUUCUGCUUUGAUGAUUCCCAGCAAGAUCCUCUCAACACCUACAAGAAGUCCAGUAAUACGACAAAAGCCAGGGAGAAAACAGUCUGCCAACUGUGACGUGUGUGGGAAGAGCUUCAGUAAACCGUACGCACUCACCGUCCACAUGAGGACGCACACGGGCGAAAAGCCGUAUUCCUGUAAGAUGUGUCUGAAAGAGUUCAGGCAGAAAAGCGUCAUGCUGUCCCACAUGAGGACUCACACCGGCGAGAAGCCAUACUUGUGCAGGACCUGUGGUCAGAGGUUCAGGCAGAACGGCGCUCUGCAGCGCCAUCUUCGCAUCCACACGGGCGAGAAGCCUUACUCAUGCGACGUCUGCAAGAAAAGGUUUCGAGAAAGCGGAAACCUGCCGGCUCACAUGAGGUCUCACACGGGCGACAAGCCCUUUUCCUGCGACAGCUGUGGAAAAAGUUUUAGCGCACGGCAGUACUUGAAACGUCACAUGAAAACGCACAUAGAUGCAAAGUCCUGAAACCUGAACACGGGUGAAAAUACAUCCGCUUUGUUAAACCAAGAAUGAAAUGAAGCUUCAUGCUGGAACCCACCUGUCUUUUGUCCAAAACACAGAAGGUCCUGUGGCUUCAGCCAAUCCUUGAGCACUCAGAUACUAAAGAUGGAACCCAGAAAUAUCUUACGCUAUGUUCACACCAAGCAUCUGAUGUGCGUUGUUGAACUCUCAUGCAGCCCACGGUGUUCACAAUGGACUGUCGCUAUUUGAUAAGCGUAUGUUCGUCACCUACAGUUGGAAGAGUCUUGGUGUGAAAUUGGUGCGAAUCUGGUGAAUUUUGCUUUAGCCUUUUUCUUUCUCAGCUCUAAUCGGAUGUCUAAAAGACUUUGUUUAAUAGAACACCAGUCAGGCACAAACCGCAAAUAAUAAUAAUCAAUUAUCAAACGGUUGGUACUUCUGAGAGUUCAAAGGGACGCCAUCCAUACAUUGCAACAAAAUCGGACUCCCUAAUUGGUCAAAGGUUGACCUGGAUUAAUUUUUGAUGUGCGUUCAAUGACUGUGUUUUGUACGAUCCCGAAAACAGUCCUAAAAAGGUCUGUAGCGAUGCGUGAAUGAAGAACCCCGAAACCUACAUUCACGUGCGUGUACACAGACUUUUCAUUGGAAUCGGUCACUUGAACGCGCGUUGCUGAGGGUGGUGAACGAAGCUUUAGAAGAAUAAACUUUCAGCUCCAGAACAUCUUCCUUGAUGUUUAUCUUUACUGAAAGAAAAAGGUGAGGAGUUUCCCCAAAUGAAGGGUGCCUCAGACAUGAGAAAAGUUCAGCUUUCUGGAACGAUCUUGGAGCAGAAGUGAAGCAGCUAAAUAUCAUGAGGGAAUUCAUUUGAACGUCUAAUCUGGAAUUAUCUUCAACCCUUGUGCUAUCCUAGGCACUUUACCAUUGGGAGUUGGGUCAUCUAGACCCACUAGACAGUGCUCUGAACCUUUUUUCUUCAAUGAUUUGUGAU